AUGUCCUCUGACCUCUCUACACAGCUGCUGCGUGAUUUUCCCGAGCUCGCUCAUCUAUCUCGCGAAGACUUGGAAGAUUUGCUCACCGACCAUACAUAUUUUCAGGCUGUAUUCCACUCACUUCCUCGAGUCAAGGCAAUGUUUCAAGCUCAGGCUGAGCUUGGCAUGGCAAACGAAGCAAUUGCUAAGAACAAUCUGGCGUUACAAGAUAGUCUAUAUGCCUUGCGAUCAGAAACCAAAGAGGCAUUUGACGAAUCCAAGGCUCUUGAGGCCAGGUGGAAAGAGCUGGAGAAGGAGCAAAAGGACGUCUACCAGCGCUUCACACCUCAAUUCUUGCUUAUGCGACUACGACAUGCUACGACGGCCCAAGACGAUGCCUCAGAAUCUCUUGCCUCUGCUUUUGUCCAGCAGCAGAAGCCGAUGCCGCUUACUUCUGGUGCAUCGUCAGGGACGGGCACGCCAAACGGCAGAGACAUCGAAGACUUUGUCAAGGAGUUCAAGGAUUUGCGUAAGGUAUAUCAUAAACGGGUCAUAUGGGGUGACCGCUGGGCAAAUGGCCAAGUUGUGUGGAGGGAUGACUGA